AGCUCUUUACAAUCUGAGAAAUCAUUACACUUUUGAUUUUAAGAGAAUUUUUUACAUACACCGUCAGCCAUAAACCAUCAGGAAGCUCUUUAAUGUCUUCAUAAAAGUUGGUGAAACCUUCACUCUCUGCAGUCGGAAGGAAGAGUGAACUAGAAGAAGCCACCAUGGAUAUGGACCGGCUUAGACCCGUCAUUGAUACUUUUAGCUUUGAGAGAUGUAAAGGGGGCAACCAGGGCUUCAACCGAAUCCUCAUCCAGCUGUUCGGGUUGAUGGGCCAUGGAAAGUCCUCGUUCAUUAACACCUGUAUAUUCGUCUGGCAAGAUGGCGAAUACCAGAGCUGGGCAAAGACAGACGAAGAAUGUGGAGGAGGACACCACGGAGGCCUUACAAUGAAUCGAAUUCCACAUAAACUCACAAGUAACAUUACGUUGGUGGACAAUCGAGGUUUGGUGACAAUGAAUCCCUAUGAGACCGGAGAGAUCUUCGCCCAGCUUGGUAAUUUGCUUCCCCUGGGAAAACAAGUGGAAUGGAGUCGAGGAUUUGGUCUUGUAGACAGAAUCGUAGACUCCGAGAAAACAGUAAAAACUUCGGAUUUUAUCGUCCCGGUCUUGGUGCACAGUUUGAAGAAAACCAUUCUUCCUGAGGAAAGAGCGGAUCUGAAGGCUUUGCUUCAUACAGCAAAAGAUUUGACCGGGAUUUUUCCUAUUGUGGUUCUCACCCACAAAACAUUCGGGAAUCUGGUAGCUGUUGAGUACACUUUCAAAGAAAUGGGCAUUGAAAGGAUCUUUGCCUUUGAGAAUUACACUCGAGAAGACCAUUUUCGAACCAGAGGAAGACACGAGGAAGUGCUGAGCUUCCUAAAGGAAGUAAUCAGGGAUGCCCAAUUCCGAGUGGAACAUCAGAAGCGGGAUCCGGUGAAGGAGAUGCAAGAACGGAAACAGUUUGUAUUGAACUAUGUUCAUGAGCGAGAGCUGAAGAUGGAACAGGAACAUUUGGGAAGAAAGAGAGCCUUAGAACAAGCAAUAAGGAAGAAAAAGCUACAGAAACAGGAAGAAGAGCUGGAACGAGAGAGACAGAGGAGAAGACAAGCUCAGGAGGACGAGGAGCGAAGACUAAGUGAAGAGUUUGGGAAGCAGAGAUUAGUUGAUCAAGCCAGACAUGAAGAGGAGUUCCGAGCUCAAGAGGAAACCAUUGCCAAAAAACCCAAGAGACCCAGGGGGAUUUUUGGCUGGAGGAAAAAGAAAUAAGAAAAUAAAAGGUGAGGGUCUGAUAGGGUUUAGGAUCCCCCCAAAAUCUUUUCCAUACCCCUAUCCAUUAGAGCAGCACGAUUAAUCGGCAAGAAACGUUAUCACAAUUUUUUUUCCCCCGUUGCGAUCUUGACAAAGGGUUUCCCGAUCUUCCCGGGCUUUGGUACGCAGAGAAUUCUCGCACUCAGCCAUCAAAAGUUAAAGUCUGGGCAGUUGCCAGGUUUUAAAACAUUCUAUCAGUGGAACGUUAAAUCUAAACAUUGUAUCAAUUUGUCUUUUACAUCAAAGGAAUAGACUUCUGUAUGUUAAUUAGGAAAGUUUGACCAC